UCCUUCCCUAACUUCUUAUAUAUAGAAGUAACAUCAGGAUAGCAAUUGAAACUUCAAACCCUAAAAUAUAGAAGAAAGAAGAGUGUUGUCCCCACUACAAUAUAGAUCUGAGACUAUGGCGCAAUUGGCUGCAGUUUUUGUGCUUCUUUUCUUGGUUGUGGCAGCCUCAGAGGCUGCGAUUACAUGCAGCGACGUGAUUAAUGACCUGAGACCUUGCGUGAGCUAUCUAGUGAGCGGGGCUGGGAAGCCACCGGCUGCAUGCUGUGCCGGCGUCUCGACUCUAGCGUCAGCAUCAGCGAGCUCGGCCGAUAAGAAGACUGCUUGCGAAUGCAUCAAAAAUUCAGCUAAGAACAUUAAACUGAAAGCGGACUUAGCCCAGGCUCUUCCCAAGAACUGCGGCAUCAACUUGCCCUUCGCUGUUUCUCCCAACACUGACUGCUCCAAGAUUGGGUGAAAUUUGAAGUUCAGUUCUAUAGAAGUCUGCUAUAUGGUAGUGUAACGGACUCGACGUCAUUAUAGUAUUUUGAAUUUUGUAGUAGAAAUGUUAUUUAUAUAAUAUUCUAUGUUUGAAAUAAGCCCGAAUUACCGGUGUGUUUCUGGGAUUCCUUCGGCCUUUGUAGUUUUGUGCUUUUAAGCAUGUUUUUGUUAUCAGUUAUAUUGUACUUCAAUUUCAUAUAAUAUAUUUUGUUUUUAUAUAUUUUAAAGAUAA